AAGAAGCUCUUACUGAAACAGAACAUAGUGUGGUUGGCAACCCGAAAGAGAUUUUAAGAGUCGGUUCGAGUUAACUCUUGUGUAACUGUUCUCCAAUUUUAAGAAGUGGCAGGGCAGGUUCUGAAACCUCUUCUUGUUUUGUUUUGAUGCUAAGCAGUAGUACCAUGUAAAAUAUUGUAGGUUCAGCUGACUUUGUGAGGUUUCCUUGGCCACAGCACGAAUUUACCAUAACAUCAAUGAUGGGGGGGGGGGGGUAUUUUUAGAUAUAUUGCCUAGCCAGGAGCUGUUAACAGCCUGACUCUGGUAUUUACUGUUCUCAUCUAUUACGUUAAAUACGGCACUGCACAUGAUACACAUUCUGCUCCAGAGAUUUAGGGGCCUGUGGGUACAAUGUAAGAAGCAUACAGCAUGCAUCCCCAAUCUUGUCUGACUGUGUUGCAAGCUUAAUAAACAGGAAGGUUAGAAAUUACCAGUUUAGUCCACAGCUAUAACUUGAAAAAUAUCUAGCUCAGCGGUGAAGUUCCCUCCCAUACUAGGAUUUGGGGAAAUGGAUAUGUUUUAUAGUGCUUGAAGGAUGCCGCCCGAGACAGGGUAAGUCAGCAGUACGCUGCUGAUGUUCUGCUGCGGCAAUGUGGUCUCCGAGGGAGCCUGUGCCUGAUGCACAGAGCCAGGCAGGGCUUGCAGCCCACCUCCGUCUGCGGCUGCCUUUCAAUGGAGGCUCCCCUUCCUCCACCAGGCAGAGCGCUGCACGCAUGCCCGUCUUCCCUGUCGUUUAGUGGUGUCAACUUAUUAAUUUCCAUUUUCGACUUCAGGCCUGUUAGUUUCCUGUCUGAAAGCAUUAUUACUUUUGUCCAUGUGGCAAAAUAAUUAGCAUACAGAUGAGAAGUGGCCUCGCGUCUGAGCGCCGAUAGAGAGAAGAUGUGCAGUGGAAAGUUGAUUGGAUGAAUGGAGAACAAAUGGUGGGCGUUCAAAAGCAUUAGAAGAGUUUUGUAGUCGCGGAGCAGGUUGGAGAAUUUUCUGGGUGAGUCCCUAAGAUGGAAGGCAGGGGUGGCUGCCGUGAGAAGGACUGCUUGUCAGAUGCUGGCCUAGCUGAAGGAGCCAAGGGGGACUGCAGGCACAGAUAAUCCAUUCGGACUACUUUGUUUUGCGAUUCUUCAGGUUUCUCUUUGCUCUCCCCUCCAGAGAAGCUCACGCGGAGGCAAAGGCCGAGGUGCAUGCAGCUGCCGCCUGGACGUGCGUCUAGUCCAUGUUGACGUUUGAAGAGUCACAGAGUGUGAAAAUGAACCUGAAGGAGAAGUGGUGAAAUCACGUCCAGUGGCGACUCCGAACUCUGACUGACUGAGGGAGCCAAGUCGGACGCUGAGAGCAGCGGUCAGAGGACUGACUUCAGAGUGACCACAUCUGGUGGAAGAGGAAAAAAAAUGUAGUUAUUGAAUCCAGUCAAGUGUUUGCAUCUCUGAAAUUUUCAACAACAUCAGUCAAGGAAGGUUCCGGUUGGUUCCACAGACAUAUGGCUAUCCCGGGAGCCACAUAAAGAUGGAGAAAUCGAGGCACAGAGAAAUUAAGUGACUUCGCCACAGUCUCAAGCUGGGGAGGACCAAGAUUAGAACUUAGAGAGAACCCCUGACUCUGGGCCUGCGUCCUGCCCACGGAGUCACGCUGCCUCCGUUUCUAGGAGAGAAGACUUCCUGCAAGAUGGAGGUGGACGCCGAGGAGAAGCGUCAUCGCACACGGUCCAAAGGGGUUCGAGUUCCCGUGGAACCAGCCAUACAAGAGCUGUUCAGCUGUCCCACUCCUGGCUGUGAUGGCAGUGGUCAUGUUAGUGGCAAAUAUGCAAGACACAGAAGUGUAUAUGGUUGCCCCUUGGCUAAAAAAAGAAAAACACAAGAUAAACAGCCCCAAGAACCUGCACCCAAACGGAAACCAUUUGCAGUGAAAGCAGACAGCUCUUCAGUAGACGAGUGCUAUGAGAGCGACGGGACUGAAGAGGACAUGGACGAGAAGGAGGAGGACGAGGAGGAGGAGUACUCUGAAGACGAUGACGAGCAAAGGGAUGACGAUGACGAGGAGGAAGAGGUGGACCGCGAGGAAGAGGAGGAGAUCGAGGAGGAAGAUGAUGACGACGACGAAGAUGGAGAGGAUGUGGACGAGGAGGAGGAGGAAGAGGAGGAGGAGGAGGAAGAGGAGGAAGAAGAAGAAAAUGAAGACCAUCAAAUGAAUUGUCACAAUACUCGAAUAAUGCAGGAUGCAGAAAAGGAUGAUAACAAUAAUGAUGAGUAUGACAAUUACGACGAGCUGGUGGCCAAGUCCUUGUUGAAUCUUGGCAAGAUUGCCGAGGAUGCAGCGUACCGGGCCAGGACUGAGUCAGAAAUGAACAGCAAUACCUCCAAUAGUCUGGAAGAUGAUAGUGACAAAAACGAAAACCUGGGUCGGAAGAGCGAGUUAAGUCUAGACUUAGACAGUGACGUCGUUAGAGAAACGGUGGACUCCCUUAAAUUAUUAGCACAAGGACACGGAGUGGUUCUCGCCGAAAACAUGAACGAGAGAAAUUAUGCAGACACUAUGUCACAGCAAGAUAAUAGAAACAUGAAUUAUGUAAUGUUAGGGAAGCCCAUGAACAACGGACUCAUGGAAAAAAUGGUGGAGGAGAGCGAUGAGGAGGUGUGUCUGAGCAGUUUGGAGUGCCUGAGGAAUCAGUGCUUCGACCUGGCCAGGAAACUGAGUGAGACGAACCCGCAGGAGAGGAACCAACAGCAAAACAUGAACAUCCGCCAGCACGUCCGGCAAGAGGAUGACUUCCCAGGAAGAACACCUGACAGGAACUAUUCUGACAUGAUGAACCUGAUGAGGCUCGAGGAGCAGUUGAGUCCCAGAUCGAGAACUUUCUCCAGCUGUGCAAAGGAGGAUGGGUAUCAUGAAAGAGAUGACGAUACCACCUCAGUGAACUCGGACAGGUCCGAGGAAGUGUUUGACAUGACCAAGGGAAACUUGACCCUUCUUGAGAAAGCCAUUGCUUUGGAAACUGAGAGAGCAAAGGCCAUGAGGGAGAAGAUGGCAAUGGAAGCUGGGAGGCGCGACAACAUGAGAUCAUAUGAGGAGCAGUCGCCACGACAACUUCCCGGGGAGGAGAGAAAACCUAAAUCCAGUGACAGCCAUGUCAAAAAGCCAUACUAUGGUAAAGAUCCCUCGAGAGCAGAAAAGAAAGAGAGCAAGUGUCCAACCCCAGGGUGCGAUGGAACUGGUCACGUAACUGGGCUUUAUCCACACCACCGCAGUCUGUCCGGAUGCCCGCACAAAGAUAGGGUCCCUCCAGAAAUUCUUGCCAUGCAUGAAAAUGUUCUCAAGUGUCCUACUCCGGGCUGCACAGGGCGAGGGCAUGUAAAUAGCAACAGGAACUCGCACAGAAGCCUCUCUGGAUGCCCUAUUGCUGCAGCAGAGAAACUGGCAAAGGCCCAAGAGAAACACCAGAGCUGUGACGUGUCCAAGUCCAACCAGGCCUCAGACCGAGUGCUAAGGCCAAUGUGCUUUGUAAAGCAGCUCGAGAUCCCUCACUACGGCUACAGAAACAACGUCCCCACAACCACGCCUCGCUCCAACUUGGCCAAAGAGCUGGAGAAAUAUUCCAAGACUUCCUUUGAAUACAACAGUUACGACAGCCAUACUUAUGGCAAGCGGGCCAUAGCUCCCAAGGUGCAAACCAGGGACAUAUCCCCCAAAGGAUAUGAUGCGAAGCGGUACUGCAAGAACGCCAGCCCCAGCAGCAGCACCACGAGCAGCUACGCGCCCAGCAGCAGCAGCAACCUCAGCUGCGGCGGCGGCAGCAGUGCCAGCAGCACAUGCAGCAAGAGCAGCUUCGACUACACGCACGACAUGGAGGCAGCCCACAUGGCAGCCACGGCCAUCCUCAACCUGUCUACCCGCUGCCGCGAGAUGCCGCAGAACCUGUCCACCAAGCCGCAGGACCUGUGCACUGCGCGGAACCCUGACAUGGAAGUGGAUGAGAACGGCACUCUGGACCUCAGCAUGAACAAGCAGAGGCCACGAGAAGGCUGCUGCCCCAUUCUGACCCCCCUGGAGCCCAUGUCCCCGCAGCAGCAGGCGGUGAUGAACAGUCGGUGUUUCCAGCUGAGCGAGGGGGACUGCUGGGACUUGCCAGUAGACUACACCAAAAUGAAACCCCGGAGGAUAGAUGAGGAUGAUCCCAAAGAGAUUACUCCGGAAGACCUGGAUCCCUUCCAGGAAGCUCUGGAAGAAAGAAGGUAUCCAGGGGAGGUGACCAUCCCGAGCCCCAAACCCAAGUACCCCCAGUGCAAGGAGAGCAAAAAGGACUUAAUAACUCUGUCGGGCUGCCCACUGGCUGACAAAAGCAUUCGAAGCAUGCUGGCCACCAGCUCACAAGAACUCAAGUGCCCAACCCCUGGCUGUGACGGCUCUGGGCACAUUACCGGCAACUACGCUUCUCAUCGAAGCCUUUCAGGGUGCCCGAGAGCAAAGAAGAGCGGCAUCAGAAUAGCACAGAGCAAAGAAGACAAGGAGGACCAGGAGCCCAUCAGAUGCCCUGUUCCCGGGUGUGACGGCCAGGGCCACAUAACCGGGAAGUACGCCUCCCACCGCAGCGCAUCCGGCUGCCCCUUGGCAGCCAAGAGGCAGAAGGACGGGUACCUCAAUGGCUCCCAGUUCUCCUGGAAGUCGGUCAAGACGGAGGGCAUGUCGUGUCCCACGCCGGGAUGCGACGGGUCGGGGCACGUCAGCGGCAGCUUCCUCACGCACCGCAGUUUGUCGGGAUGCCCGAGAGCCACGUCGGCCAUGAAGAAGGCGAAGCUGUCAGGAGAGCAGAUGCUGACCAUCCGACAGCGGGCCAGCAACGGUAUCGAGAACGAUGAAGAGAUCAAACAGUUGGAUGAAGAAAUCAAGGAGCUGAACGAGUCCAACUCACAGAUGGAGGCCGACAUGAUCAAGCUCAGGACUCAGAUUACCACAAUGGAGAGCAACCUGAAGACGAUAGAAGAGGAGAACAAAGUAAUUGAACAGCAAAAUGAGUCUCUUCUUCAUGAGCUGGCCAACUUAAGCCAGUCUUUAAUUCAUAGUCUAGCUAAUAUCCAGCUGCCACAUAUGGAUCCAAUCAAUGAACAAAAUUUUGAUGCAUACGUGACUACUUUGACGGACAUGUAUACAAAUCAAGAUCGUUAUCAGAGCCCAGAAAAUAAAGCCCUUCUGGAAAAUAUAAAGCAGGCUGUGAGAGGAAUUCAGGUCUGAACAGCUGCUGUAGUGAUGGAAUCUUGCUUAAAAAAGGAUGCCUCUUGUUUUUUGCUGCUGUAAUUUACCAGAAAGUGUUAUAUAUUUAUUUCUGUUUGAAACAGUGUUAUGCUUACAAGACUUCAUAAUGAUUUUAUGUCUUGCUUUAAAGAUAGUACCUGCAGAAUAGUUUUUGAAUACAUUCACAUUUUGUACGUUUUCAUAUAAGCUGACAUAGUGUGAUAUGCCAUGUAAUGUUUAUAGCUGCUAAUGUAUGCACAUUUGGGGGUAUAUAUAUUUCUGAAGAGGUAAGCCGAUCAAAAUAAAUAGAGUGUAAAUUCUUUUUAAUGCUUUAGUGAUUAAAUGUUUUAGUAUUUUGAACUGAAAUGGACAAAAAAAAAAUACAGCUUUGAAUGAUCAUGUGGUGGCCGUGCAGCCACUUUUUAGACAUUAUCAUUUUGCCUCAUGUUGGAGGAUUUUAUGGAAUUUAAGAAAUACAUUUUGUGUGCAUAUUGUUUCAUAGCAAGAAUUGGUUGCAAAAAAUGCUUUAUUUUUGAACAAUGCUUGGAAAUAUUAUGUAAUUUUUUUGUUUGUUUGUUUUAGGAGGAUGGUGUAUGGUGGGGGCAAUAAAUGAGGUUUUUUGCAUUCCAAGGAAAUGGCAUAUGGAUUAACUGUAAGAAAUGAGAUAAGUAAUUUAUUGUAAGACCACAUCAAGCCAUGGAAACUUGGCGGAAGAUUCCAAGCAGCUUAAACAGCACUUUUAAAUUAACUCCUGAGCAUUACAUGGCGUGACUAUGGGAACUUCAGUUAAGACAGGGGCUUAAUGCAGGUGGACGGCGUGAAGAUGUCUUUUUCCAUUUUCAGUAAACUUUGGGACAACCUCCUCUUCCCUCCCUGAGUUUUGUGCCCCACUGAACUGUCUGUUGUUGCCAUGUGGUUUACCCAACAGAAUCCGUGUGUUUUAAUUUAAGCUGAAAGAUAAUUUAAGAAUAUUUAUUUCUCCUUUCCACUUUUAAAAAUGUGGUCAUUAUCAUUAUUUUACGUUUCUUUUACGUUUGGGGGAUGAAAGCAAAUGAUUUGUGGGUCUUCGAGUUACUGGACUGAGUUUUCUGCUGGAUUGUGGGAAAGCAGCUCAGUAAAGGGUCUCCCCCGCCCCCGCCACCGCCUUUGGCUCUGAAUAAGCAUUUGGUUCUGUUCAGAGAACUCUCAAAGCGACCUUCACACUCUACCUUCCGCUGGAGACCACUGACCGCCCGGCACUCGCAUAGCCUUCUUUGGUUUGUCCCGACCUAUCCUAGGCAUGAAUGCAAUCAGAUUUUAAGAGUAAUGAAAUCUACUUCAGCACUUUUUUGCUUUACACUAGAUCAUCUUAGCCUCGUUGUACCUGGAGAUUUGGUUGUUUUCUUCAGUGACUGCACUUACAUGUAUGCAUAAGACCACUUUCGAUUGCUGCGUGCGCCCCUCCCGAGUAGUCCCCAGGACGACGUGUUGUGUUUUCCGAUGUCGACUUGAUUUACAUGGAAUAGCAUCUCUUCCUUCCAUGUCUUGAUGUUAUGCAGGAAGUACAAAAGUACUUUAAAAUUUUGUUAUGAAAAAAAAAAAGAUGGGUUUUGUAAAAAUAAAAAAAAAAAUAUUUUUAGCAGAACAGGACUUACAGGGUCAUUGUCCCCACAGCGUGCCAGUCGAUUAUUUGCACUUACCUUGUCCUCUAUAUCCGUACGGAGGUGUGCAAUUCCUGGUGUCAGUGGCCUUGCGACGCUGACCCUGGAAGAAUUGGAGGAGGCCCUCACGGCUGACCCGAUAAUGUUGCUAAGGGAGAUUACAGGGAUCUCACAGCAAAUAUUCUGAUACAAUACUCAACCUCGGUAUAUAUAUAUGUAUAAAUAUAUGUAUAUCCCAGCGGCACUUUAUACUGCUCACUGUACAAAAGCUGACAGUUUUCCACGAGGACUUUAAUACCUAGCUGGGAAAGAUUAUGUAAUUACCGGGGCUCUGCAGCGCCUUCUCUGCAGGCGCCCUCUUUCUGUUGUGCGACUAGUUGUAGCUGCCAUGCUCAGAAUUGCCUUUUUGAGAGCUGAAGCAAGGUGCUUCUUGUCACCUGAUGCCAUAUCUAUCGUCCGGGGCCCCAGCCUCCCUGCGGGGCCCGCUGUUCAUAUCGGCAUAUGCAUUUCCCGGCCGCGUUGUGUCUGCAGCUUCUUUGCCAAUAUAGUAAUGCUUUUAGUAGAGUAAUAGGUAGUAUCAGUUUUGGAUUCUUCUUGUCAUCACCUAUGUACAAUGGAGAGGGGUUUUAAGCACAAAUCUGCUGCUCAUCUAACGUUGGUACAUACUAUCCAAUCAGAAGUUACCGUGACUAUUAUAUAGGCAUCACAAAGUGUCACAUAGAGAAUGCUGACCUUUCGUAUGGGAUUAUUGUGGGUCAUCAGAGUUUAUUUAUUCUAACUUAUUGUUCAUAUUCAUUUCUAAGUUAAUUUAAGUAAUCAUUUAUGAAGACAGAAUUUUGUAUAAAUAUUUAUCGUGCUCUCUGUGGAACUGAAGUUUGAUUUAUUUUUGUACUACACGGCAUGGGUUUGUUGAGACUUUAAUUUUGCUAUAAAUGUGUGGAAUCACGAGUUGCGGUGAUAACUUCAUUUUUAAAUUGUGAACUUUGUACAAAUUUUGUCAUGCUGGAUGUUAACACAUCUUACUCUCAAUAAAAAAGGUGUUGCCACAUUG